CCACACACAAAAAUUAAAGAAAGGAAAGAAAAGAUAAACAAAAAUAUUCAUCAACUUGAGCAUCACCUUGUGUAUUUAAACACCUUAAACCAAAACACACACACAUCACAUUACACUUGUUGUUGGUGUUCAUAGAAAUGGCAUCAAGCUCUAUGACAUGGACGCCAAAGCAGAACAAGCAAUUCGAGGAAGCCCUAGCCAUGUACGACAGGGACACACCACGCCGUUGGCAUAACAUUGCUAGAGCCGUUGGUGGGAAGACCCCAGAGGAGGUCCGGAGGCACUACGAGGCCUUAGAGAAGGAUAUUAUCAAAAUUGAAACGGAUCAAGUGCCCAUACCUAAUUACACAACCAUAGCCAAUGCUAGAAUGAGCAGAGCAGGCUUAUGAAGAAUGCGAAGCUGCAAUGAUAUAUCAACAAUUUGGAUAGCAAAUCACUAUCAUCCCCUUGUUCACAAAUAAGAUAGACACUUUGACAUCAUCAUGGUAUAUAGAUUGUAAACAUACGCGCUUGAAAAUAUAUAAAUUAAAUAAUAGUACUACUUGAUUGUCUUUGUUCAA